AUGGUAUGCAACAACCUACAAGAUCUUCUUGGCGAUGAAAUUACAAGCGGAUUCCAACAGGCAAACGAUAUCAUCAGACCAUACUUAAACUACACAAAGCCCAUCGAUAUCCCAAUCGGACCAAAUAUGACCGAUCUCAGAAAAUCCGAUCUUAUUGACGUUGCCAGGUUCAUUUUGUCAAAUUUCACAGGAACGAAUGGCCCAUUGAACCUCAACAGUCUCUUCAACAGAUUUACCAACGGAACAGGCCUCGCUGAUCUUCAAUCCAUCCUUGCUUACUUCAAUUACUCUCAACCUCUCUUCUUCUCAGUUCCAAUCGACGAUUUAAAGGCCAGAAUCAACCUCUCAAUCAUCGAUCUACACCUCUCUGGUCUAAACACUUGGGAUGAUUUCACAAUUUUUGACCCAAUUGGACCUUACAUUUUAGAUACACACACAGGAAUGAAGGAAUUCGGAUUCAAUCUCACGUUCCAAGUCAACGUUAGCUCAAACGGUUCAAUGAUUACGACAGGAGACGCUUAUUUGUCAGAAACAGCCGAUUUCGACAUCGCUUUAUCAAAUAACAAGAUGGACUUGAAACUACAAGCGGCUUCUCCUGAAGGAGCAGGUGUCAAUUUCACUAAUGCUCAAUCAAUGGAUUUGCAGUGUCUAGAAACACUUGUUUCUUCUGAAGGAACAGGUAUUACUUAUCUUCUCUUCAAUACAUCCAUCACUCAUCUCUCUUUGGAAGCUCAAACCCACGAAAUGGAGAUGAAAAUAAGAGAAUUCGUAAAUUCCAUUGUAAAGUUCUUUAUCGAUAACUACCGACCAAUUAUUCCUACUUUUGUUACCGGAUUUGUAAAUAACUUCGGAACAGUGAAAUUGAACGAAUUACUCGACCAACAGCUUGCAAACGCUACUUGCGAGAAUGUACAUGACUCGCAGUACGAAGAUUUCACUCUCUGGACCACUGCUGUUGCCGGCGGAGGUUCACUUCUCUUGAUCUUCAUUAUCUUCUUCAUUAUGCCGAAGGAGAGGAAGAAAGACGACCGCUCCAUCGACAGUCUGACAUACCCAAUGAUAGAGAGCAUGCAAUCACUCAACAAACCAUUGAAUCUGAGAAAUAUCGAGUUGCCGACACAAGUACACAAAACAAUUUGGGAGAAAUUCUGGCGAACUGACUCUGAGGCAUCGAUGCUGAUGACGCCCAGACUGUCUAUUUUCACUAGAAUUUUCAUGCCAUUAUUGAUUUUGAUUAAUAUCGCUGUUUUCAUAUCAUCCAACACUGGUAUUGGUGCGAGUGUCUUCGCAAAGAUAUUCAUGGGUGAUAAACAUGUCGCUUUCCCUUCAAUCAUGGACUUCGGCCUCAUUAACUCAAUCAGAGAUAUGUGGAAGGCCAAAACAUACGCGCUCUCAAUCCUCAUUGCAGUUAUGUCCUGCGCAUGGCCUUACACAAAGCUAAUUAUGAUGUUAACUGUCUGGAUUUUGCCUGGACCGAUAAUGAACGCGAAGAGACGCGAAACAUGGCUGAAAGUACUCGAUGCUCUUGGUAAAUGGUCCCUUGUCGACUCUUUCGUCAUGAUUCUGAUGCUUAUCGCAUUUAAUUUCGACGUAUACUUCCCAAUCAUUUCAGGAAUGAUCGAUGCCCCUGUUUCAGUCCAUCUUUGGGUAUAUCCAGCCUACGGAUUCCUCACUCUCAUGCUCAGUACUGUCUUUUCUUUGGCUUUGUCCCACAUUUUGCUUGCAAUCGCAAGAUACGCUGACAAUCCAGGAUAUUCCGAUGAAGGAGAGGACGCAAAGAAGAGGAUCUCUGUCAUCCAGUUCUCAGAAUUCAGGUCUCUCUCUAUAAUUAUCGGAGUUUUGUUAGUUAUUGCACUUGGCCUUGUUUCUUACGGCAUCAGUGUUGACUCCUUCUCAUUUGAUUUCGUUGGACUCAUUGGUUAUGCACUGGAUAUGCUCGACAAGCCACAUAAGAAAGUUUAUUCUGUUAUUGACCUCGCAAUUCUACUUCCUCACGCCGCAGAGAAUCCGAACCAGUUCACAAUCAGGUUCACUCAAGCUCUCUACAUCGUUGUUGCAAUUGUUGUCCCAAUUUUGCAUAUUAUCACACAACUCAUUCUUUUCUUUGUUCCAAUGAGGAGGAAGGUCCAGAGAGCCUUCUACAUCGCAGCGGAAUACCUCUACGCUUGGAACUGCUUGGAUGUUUUCAUCAUCUCAAUUUUGGCCGCAGUUUUAGAGAUUUCGCAGUUUGCAGCAUUCAUGGUCGGAGAUAAGUGUGAUGUGAUCAAUCCUAUUGUUAAAAUGUUCUUCAGCGAUGAACCUCUGAUAAAAGGACACAAAACUUGCUUUGAUGUCGUUACAAGGCUUGAGAAAGGUUCUUGGAUUUUGUUCGGAGCUACUCUGAUUCAUACUAUUGCUACAAUUAUACUUAGCAAAGUAUCUGAGAGAGUUAUCAACGCUAGACAAGGUGAUCUUGUCGAUUCAAGUGUUGUUUCAUUUGUUCGUUAA